AAAAUUAGGGGUAUAAACGAGUCGAUCCGAGCUCGAGCCUGGCCAAGUUUGAGCUCGACUCGUUUAAUUUUAAAUUAUUAUAUAUGUGUGUGUGAUAUUAAAUUGCAAUAAAUACGUUUCUUUUUUUGUUAUUUUAAAGUUGUACAUUAAAAAAUGUUUUUUGUUUACAUUUUAAUAUUUAAUCUUUUUUUAAAUCAACCCGUGUAAUAUACGGGUUUCACAUCUAACAGAUAUAUGAAAAGCUGGUAUCAAGAAUGCUCUUGUAAUGUUCGAAUGAUCUUUAAGAAAACCUAAAUUUCCAAAAAAAAAAAAAAAAAAAAAAACACGUUUUGUAUAGGUUCUCAAAUAGCAAAAAAUAUUAUAAAAAGUUAAAAUGCUCUAAAAAAACAAAACAUUUAUUAAAGACCAAAGCAGCAGUUUGUCAAAUAUCAAGGACUACAUCUGUAAUUUACAAGGUCUGUUAUAAUCGUUGUUGUGUAUGCUGUUCGUUCCGCAAGAACCCUCUCUCAUUCUCUCUCAUUCCCAACGACAAGCACAAGGAGACGGCUUUAAAUUUUCGAUUUUGAAUAUCUGACACAUGAAAACGCAGGAGUUGCGUAUAAACUUUGAUAAUUCGUUGCCGCAUUUCAAUUUCUGAAGCACAAAUGUCCACGACGCAUAUGAAAACGGAUUUCGACAAUGUAUCAGAUGUAUUAUAAGGCAGAGGAAAAUGCGGAUGCAUCUAAAGUUUGAUUAUUCGUUGCUGUAUUUCGGUUUCUGAGGCGCAAAAUGUCUACGACGCAGAAGAAAACAGAUUGCAACAAUGUAUCAGGAUCUUCCCUCUAUGACCUCUUAUGUUUAGAAAAUAGAGAAAAGUGGAGCUGCUUGUUUGGACAGAUUCGAUAUGACAGUGCGAAACAAAAGCUGGCAGAAUUUAUCUCUGAAUCGGGUAAUAUGUGCUGUGCAGAUUGUGGAACUCCAGAUCCAAAAUGGGUAUCUGUAAGUUUCGGAGCAUUUAUAUGCAUCAAGUGUUCAGGAGCACAUAGAAGCCUUGGGGUUCAUAUAUCAAAAGUGUUAUCAGUGAAUCUAGACGAGUGGACACAUGAAGAAGUCAAUGAUGUAAUAAAAAGUGGCGGGAAUUCAAUGGUGAAUUCCAAAUAUGAAGCUUGCAUUCCCGACAACUGUAAAAAACCAAAAUCAGAUUCUUGUAUAGACGAGCGCCUCGACUUCAUCAGGAGAAAAUACGAAGUGCAACAAUUUUUGAACUCCGAUAAACAAAUAUGCGAUCGUGCAUCUCCAUGUCCAUCAUCAUCAUCAUCCAUGGAGUCUUCUUCCACAAAUACUGCUACAAUGGACAAGAAGCACUCAAACAGUGUCCUUAUGCCAAGUAUUAGCCAUGCCUUUCGCAACAGCUGGAAAAAGAAAGACAAUGAACACAAGCCACCUCCUAAGACAAGCAACUCAAUGGCAGGUAUGGUUGAAUUUAUUGGAUUGAUAAAAGUCAACGUGGUCAAAGGCACCAAUCUAGCUGUUCGCGAUAUGAUGACUAGUGAUCCUUAUGUCAUCCUCUCACUAGGAAACCAAUCUGUGAAGACACGUGUUAUAAAGAGCAGCCUUAAUCCUGUAUGGAAUGAAAAACUAAUGUUAUCGAUCCCUAGCAACAUGCCUCCUUUAAGAUUAACUGUGUAUGAUCGGGAUACAUUGAAGGCGGAUGAUUUCAUGGGUGAUGCUGAGAUUGAUAUUCAACCAUUGGUGUCAGCUGCAAAAGCAUCUGAGAAUUCGGAUGUUAAUGACUCAUCAACUCAAGGAAAGUGGGUAGCAAGUUUGGAGAACACGGUUGUGAAAGAUGGAGUUAUCACACUCGCCAAAGGCACUGUGAAGCAAGAGAUUGCUCUUAAACUUCAAAAUGUUGAGAAGGGUAUAUUACAAAUCGAGCUCGAAUGUGUUCCUCUUACCCAAUAGUAUUUUUUUUGGUGAUUUAUGUUAUAUUUAGGUGAUGUGUUUUUGUUGUUUUAUGUAAGGUGUGGUUUUGAAUAUUUGUAUAUUGAUGAUAUGAUGUUUUUUUUUUUUUGUGUUUUAAUAUUUUUUUUUUAUGUAAAUCAUUUGUGAUGGAUUGAUGGUUGGUCUUGGCAAAAUGUGGACGAGAAUUGUAAUGCAUUUGUCAAAAAUAGAAUUUAAUUUAAAUACAUUGUUAUUCUAUGCAUUAACUAUUUCAUAAAGUAUUGAAAUGACUUUAAUAUGUAAGUAAGAAAAAAGAUUAUUCUAUUUAAAAUAGGCAUAUGGUCGACAUAAAAGAGGGGAGGAUGAUCUUAGUGUUUCUUCAAUGAUGAGAAUG